AUGGACCCAACAGACCUACUACCACUGCUUGAGCAGCUGGACGACAAUGUCGAUGAUUUGGAGGAAGUGCUCCAGCCUAUUCUGGCUAGCACUCUUGUCAAAAGCUCAAACAAAUUGCCUGUUAUGGACAAAGCAAAACUUCAUGUGUUGAUCACCUACACAUUAGAAUCACUAAUCUUCUCUUAUCUGCGGCUUCAUGGCGUGGAUGCAAAGCAGCACCCAGUGUUCCGGGAACUGACUCGUGUGAAGCAGUACUUUGAAAAGAUCAAGGUACUGGAAACCGAGCCUGAGGAACGCCCCAUGACCCUUGAUAAGGCAGCUGCAGGCAGAUUCAUCAAACAUGGUCUUGCUGGCAAUGAUAAGUAUGACUUGGAACGGGCAGAAAAGCAGGCAAAAGAGCGAGCCCGUGCUGAGUUCAAAGCAGCAAUGCUCGCUCGCAAGAGCACCGAGGCCUCGAAAGCCCAAUACGAUAACGACUCUGAUGAUGACGAUUCCGAAGGUGGUGUGGAAGUUGCAACAGCAGCAGAGCCCCAGAUUGACACAAAUCUCGCCGCAAAGCCCGAAAAGAAGGAUAACAAAAAGAAAUCGAAGGGAGAACCCAAAUCAACAAACAGCAAGGCAAAGAAGGAGAGGAAGAUCAGCAAGGCGACACUGAAAGAAGAGAAGAAGGAGCGACGGGCGAAGAAGGAGGAGACUCGAAAGGCUCGAAAGGCCCAAUGA